AUGAACGCGAAAGGCUCGUCAACCGCGCAAGUCUCUAGCGCCCCAGCGUUACCUCCUAACGUCACCAUCUUCUCCCCCGCGAAACCGAGCACGGCAGAGGCCCUGCUGAAGGGUCGCAUCUUUACACGACUCACGGCUAACACUCAGACCGAGCCAUCCAAACUCGCGGCAGCGCUUAAAGAUGCGGCUCGUCCUGAGGUCAACGACACUUUCUGCUUCAGCCACCGCAACGUCGUCUUGAUAUUCGAUGGAGAAAAGGACGGUGCAGAUGCGGUUGAUGCGCAUCAUGAUCAUUUCCGCCUUGUCUGCCUGGCGUUGAAAGACGCAGACAUAAGCCUCGAUGUAGCUGGUUGCAUAUUCGAUGCUCCUGAAGUCUUACAAGCAGGUUUCCAACUGGAUACUCUGAGCUCAGGAUCAGUCCUCGUCAUCGACCUGAUGGGAGGAGACGACGACGAAGACACUGACGACGAAGAUGACGAAGCGGCCGCUGAGAAGCUCUUAAUGAGCGGAGACUCAGGAGCAACGAUGUCAUGA